GGUAGAAGCUCUUUGUGGAAGAGUUUCAGUUGACAUUAACCGUGCUCUUACUGCUAAGAGACUAAGACUGGAAACAAAUACUAAGUCUUUGGAAGGAAUUGAGCAGAAUAUGAAACAAGUUUGGAACUCACGUGAGGAUGCUGUGGCAAAGCUUAACGAAGAGUCUGCUCAGGCAUUUACAAAUCUGUUUCAGCAAUGGGAUUUGGAUUUUCAGAAAGUGCAGGAAACAUAUGUAAAACUAAUGAAUGAUUUUCAACAGGAAGAAAAGGCUUUUCAACAGUGUAGACUCGUUCAGAGCAAGAGACUGAAAACAAUUAAACAAAUACACGAGCAGUUCAUAAAGAAUUUGGAGGAUGUGGAGAAGAAGAACGACUGUCUGCUUGUGGAUAUACACAAUGAACUUAAAGAAGAAAUGAACAAGCUGCGAAAAAAAAUUAUGAAAGAAUCUCAUCAGCAAGAGAUGGUUACCCUUGAACAGGCUUUUCAGUCCAUGAUGCAUCCUAAGGGACACGGUUCAGGUGCCAGCGAACAGUCAUAGUUGAAGAUAAAUUCUGGUUGAUAUGGCAAGGUCUUUAGUCAUUAGCUUGUUCACCUUGUCUUACCUUAUUUUGAAUAAAAUCCAGUUGUGUCAGUAUCAACUAUUUUUGUAUGUCAAGGCUUUCACUCUUCUGUUAUAAUAGAGUGGAUUUUUCUUUAUGACAUUGUUAACUUUUUUCAAUAAAAAUGAUUGUUUGGA